GAGAUGCUAUCUUUCGCACAAACAAAUGAAACAUAUUUCUGAGCUACAAAAACAAAAAUGGCGCUUCUACUUCAACAGAUACAUUUAUGUAUCGUCCUAAUAUUCUUAAUUUUACCAUUGGUGUCUGCUGAAGACUAUUCCUUAGUGUAUACGACGUCCUGCGAAGAUACAGAAUAUUUUGAUUUAGCUGAACUACAGUGCAAGUCGUGUGGCCUAUUUCUUGAGACGAGCGAAGAUGGUUUAGACUGUGAUUGUGUGGCAGGAUACAAACUAGUGAGUGAUACAGGUGCCCCCAGUGAGAAAACAUGCCAAGCAUGUCCUGAUGAAUCAAUGGUAACGUCGGAUGGAUGGAACUGUAUAACAUGUCCUGUUGCUUACCCUUUACAACCAAAUGGUAAAUGUGCUGAUUGUGCUGCCGGAGAUAUUCCUGUUGAAUAUUCCCUGGAUGGUGUUUUACAGAGUGAAUAUUCAUGUACAUCAUGCCAAGAUGAUACACAGCCAGAUGAAGUAUGUGAUACAUGUGAAAGAUGUCAUCAGAGUGUGAUUGCUGUAACAGACGAUGAUAGCUGUGAUUGUCCUGAAGAACAAGAAGCUGGUGGUCUUUGUUUUGAAAGUUCUGAUGAUCUCUUAGAAUACAGAGACGGAAUGUAUGACAUUCCAUACGAGAGCUAUAAUGACGGUAAUGGGUUGACAUCAUGGUACUUUGAAGAAAAUUAUUUGGCUGCAGAGUCAGUCUGCAAUUCCUACCUGAAUCUAACAUCCUGUCAGCUGUUGGGUAAUUUAUGCGUGUUUUUAGAUUACAAUCAGAACAACAGACUGUAUGAAGAUGCUUGCUAUUCAUAUCAAAGCAUUGCUGCUCAAACUGAUGGAUUUGCACAUGGAAUCGAUGGGUGGUAA